AUGGCGAAUUGGGAAGAACUCCCGCAAGAGAUCCUGGAACUCAUCGCUUGUCGAUUAGCCGUGAAAGACUAUUUAGCUUUCGGAGGGGUGUGCACAUCGUGGCGGUCCGCUGCAACCAAAGAGAAGUACAAGGCGAUGUUGGAAGCCCCGUGGCGCAAGACUUAUGCGCGCAAGCAAAUAGCUGAAUUCUCCAUCCCCUCUGGAGGAACAAUUUUCCAGUUGCGAGCUUCUCGAGUUGCGACCAUGUCUCCCCCGGGAUGGCUACUCGUGUUAAAGGGGGACCGCCACUGUAUCUUCAAUCCGCUUUUGGGCAACCGCAUCGAACUCCCCUCCUUGCAGAAGCUUCGCUGCAGGCCACCUCUCCGUGCGGUGGACCUUGAUUGGCUAAAGAGGCUCCAGCGCGGCCCCAACAGAAUCCACACGAUCGCGUUGUCCUCAAGCCCUCUUUUGUCCAGGAGCUACACAGCCAUGAUCUCUAUUCAUCGUGAUCUUAUGGAUCACGAACCACUAGGGUUUGCCUUUCUCAGAUCAGGAGAAGAUGCAUGGACGCUAGUGAGUAUAGAAUCACAUCUGCCUCGGUCCAGCGUGGUUCGACUCGUUCAUUACAACGGGCUAUUUGUGGCCUUGGAUGCGCAUAACCGAAUAAUGACUCUUAACGAGAGAAAGGGUCGCAUGCAAUUGCAACUAGCUCUAGGGAAGAAUUUCCGCCAUUGUGGGUAUCUCGUGGAAUGUUUAGGUUCAUUGCUGGUGGCUUGGCAGAUAGAGGGCGAAGGUGAUGCACCGGUGAUCCGAGUUUUCAAAGUGGAUUUGAAGAAGGGAACUCUGGAAGAGGUCAAGAGCCUGGGGAACGUGUCUCUCUUCUUAAAUUACAACUCUUCCUUCUCGGUGGAGUUCAACGCCAAGUACCCCAAGUCUUGCUUGAAGCCGAACCACAUCUAUUUCAUAGAUUACAUAGAUAAGAAGAACAAGAUUUACAGCAUGGACGACGGAAAAGUUGAGUGGCAUUGUGCUGGCGAAUGGUUCCAACCUGAUUUUUGAUUUUUGUACUUCGUGGAAUUUUUUCAAUAGAAAGAUUUAGAUGUCAAACCAACUCGAUCGGUUUGGCCCAUCUCCACCCUUGAUCAUAAGGGCCCUACAGGACACGAUCAACGGAUCAGUGAGUACAGAUAUAUUUUCAGGGCGGUCUGCAAAGAAUGUUCCU